AUGGCUCUGCUGAAGGUUCAUCUGCUGCUGCUGCUGGGUGUUUCAGUGAACUCAGUUGUUUCUCUGCAGAAGAGAAUCAUUGGAGGUCAUGACUGUGAUGACAAGGAGCGUCUUUAUCAUGUUCGACUGGAGAACAACGAUGGACAGAGAAGGUUCCACUGUGGAGCAUCUCUGAUCCACCCUGAGUGGAUCUUGACUGCAGCUCACUGCUGGAAGUCAGAGACAGGAUGGUAUAACAUAGCAAUAUCAAAAGUUCAUCCACGGACUGCUAAACAACAGAAUCAGGUAAUCCGACAACCUCCUGUGAUCUAUUCUUCUGGCCAGUUCCAUGACAUCAUGUUGCUGAGGCUUCGGAGACCAGUAACAGACGUCCCACCUGUUCAGCUACCAAAUUGCAACAAUCGUCUCAAAGUGUAAGUCUUUCUCUGAUCAGGUUUUCUGUCUCCUCCCGUCCAGUCUUGCUGCCUCUGCUUAAGCACACCUGAGUCAGGUAAUCAGGCCACCAGCAGAACCAGAACCCAUUUAGCUCAGGUGUGUUGAACCAGAGACGCAUGUAAAGGACGCAGGACGUCAUCACAGAGGACUGGAGGUGGACACUUCUGUGUCUGUGGAUGAAGUGCUUCAUGGAUUUAUCUUCUGUUCUUUUCUACAUUUUUAUCUUGUAUUUUUACAUUUUAUUCUGAUUGUGUUUCAGAGGCGAUACAGUUCAGCUGGCAGGAGAGGGAGGAAUGACAACCGGCCCCAAUAAUC